CGGGGGAGGGGGGCUAUUAAUAAAUUAUUUUUAGUUAGAUGGGGAUAUUCAGCUUCUGCAUUAUAGUUAUAAAGAUGGCAAUCCGCUACAACCACCAGAUUUACUUCAUAGAAAGGAGAUAACUGAAUUGAAAGGACAUGGCACAAUCGUUUGUUUUGAAGCUCAUGUACCGACUGCUGAAGAAAUGGAGGGUCGCCAAUUUGAUUUUCGAGUAAUUUUGAUUCACGACCCUCAAAAGGCGAAUAAGCGAGGUAUGAUACUUAACAAAUAUAUUUAUUUUUAAAUAUCACUUAUUUGAUCAGAUUUCAACAUUUUAAUGGAGCUUAAGUUCAAAUUUGAUCCUGAGGAAUUUAUAAUUGGAAAAGACCGAAUAGAAUACACAAAAGGAAAAAAACACUCAUAUUUAAGGAUGCAAAGUUACGGGGGCGAGGAACUUUUAAGAGAGGAUUACAUUUCAAAUCCAAUUAGAUCUGGUAUGUCUGUAGUUGUGUUAAUACAAGCAACAGAUAAACACUACAUAACUAGAAUUAACGAUAGUGAUGACAUCCUCUAUCCAAUUAUACUUUUUCCUCCUUGGGCAAUAAAUCGUGUUGAGGCAUGUUUUUUUAAAAUUUUAUUAUUACAAACUUUUGUCUUUUCAUAAACAUUCGGAUAAAUUCAUAUAAUUCACUUAUCGAUAGUUAAUGAUGUGCAUUGAAGUUACUUUAGUUUAAAAGUCCCACUGAACGGCAGUUUAGUUUGAUUAUACUAUUCACCAACUUAAAGAUACCUACAAAUUGGAUGUAUCUUAUAUUUAAGAUACCACUUCUAUUAUAAUGAUAGGUUAAGCACAAAAUAUAUUCAGGUCUAGCAUUAAAACUAGAGUUGGACAAGACGAGACCGAUAC